CACACCUAUUAAGGGAAUGGUGGCGAGUGGCGACGUCCCUUUAAACCAGGUUGUCUAAACCACGUGGACAAAAGAGAGACUCUUCGUGCCUACCACGUGUCGAUUUCUGCUGCCUUUUACGUUUCAUCGUUGAGGGUCUUUUCGUCAAUCCAUGCCUAAAUAUCAUCAAUACUAAAGUCGUGGUGUUUCAUCAACUUGUUUCUCGUCGUCUCUUUUUCUAUUCUAUUUCUUUUCUUCUUUCUUGGUGCCCAUAUUUAUUUAUGUUGGCCCAAGUUAGCUCUGUUUCAGGCAAAUUAUGGAACCCCGAUAACUACAUUCUCUAACGUUUACACAAUUUUUUUUAUUUGCCUUCUUUAUAAUAAUAAAGAAGUUGUUUAAAGCUUCAGAAUUUUGCUUCAAUUUGAGGGUAUUUGGUUGUUGUUUUCCCUGUUUAUUUAAUGGCUGAAGCUGAAGAAAACAGAGAAAAGAGGAGUAUUUCAAUGCAGAUGAAUCUUUUUUCAGGAGAUCUGUUGAAUAAAUUCAUGAACGGAGGAAACAACUCACAAGGGAAAUUCAAGGAGGAGGAGGAUGGUAUAGAGCUGAGUUUGGGGCUAUCAUUGAACGGUAGAUUUGGUGUGGACCCACAAAAGGGUAACAGACUAAAACGUUCUUCUUCAAUAGCAAACUUUGCAUUCCCCGGCGGGGAUGAGAGGAAUGGUUGUUCAUUCCCGGCCGGUUCAUACGCGGCGCCGGCUAUUGCGAGGACAUGCUCGUUGCCCGUUGAAGCUGGAGAGGAGUGCAGAAAGAGGAAGGAGUUGCAAUCGUUGAGACGUUUGGAGGCGAAAAGGAAGAGAAUGGAGAAAUUACAGAAUGUUAGAGUUAAGGAUAAGGUUGAUUUGGAUGAAAGUCCUGAAGAAAAUGGAAAUGUUUACAGUGAUGGUCACGGUCAAGUUGUGAAUAAUGGGAAUUCGUUGCCGUUGUCACAGGGGUCCAUGGGUUCUCAGGGGAGUGGUUCUUCAGGAAUUUCUGAUUUUGGGAGUCAACCUAUUCAAGGGGCAGGUGACAGUACUGGAACAAAUACUCCGACUAGCUUCAAGCCUUCAGUGCAAGAGCGUGAACGGAAACAGGUAGCUAGACUACCUGAAACCACCAGUGAAAGAUCACCUAGCACAUGUAAUGGAAGUGCUAACAUGGAAGCAAAAGAAAUGUUCAAAGACUACAUGCUCAACAUGCCUUGUGUUUCUACAAUGGGCGACGGGCCAAAUGGUAGAAAGAUUGAAGGGUUCCUGUAUAGAUACCGGAAGGGAGAGGAAGUGAAAAUAAUGUGUGUUUGUCAUGGUAACUUUCUCACCCCAGCUGAGUUUGUGAAGCACGCUGGUGGCGGUGAUGUUGUGAACCCAUUGAGGCAUAUCGUCGUCAAUCCUUCAACUAUGUAGAGAUGAUGCCAGUGGGAUUCUACAAUCGCGCUACGCAAAAGGGGGUAAAGCUUCAAGAAUUUAGCUUUACUAUCAUCGUUCAUCUUCUUUUGUAACUUGGACCAAGGUUCUUUUAUUUUUCAGUAGCUAGUAGUUUUUUGCGGGAUAUUGAGUAGUCAAUUGGCAAGUUUAUCCUUUUUCUGCGGGGGGAAAAUUGACAAUUCCCGUUGGCAUCAAUCUUUUUAGUUAUUUGUUAUUUUGGAAGUCCGUAAUGUACAUAUGCGAAAGACUGUGAAGACUGUACAGUGCGCGCGGUUGAAUCUGGUCUCAUUCGGAGGCAUCAAUAAUUUCCAACACAAAAUGUGGCUUUUGCAGAGGUAA